AUGGAAGAAUAACAGUAAAUUGAAAAUACCAUAAUAGAAGAAAGAUAUAAGAAAUCGGAUGGAGAGACUGCAUUUCGUAGAUACUAAAAAGGAAAAGUAUUAGGGAAGGGUGGGUUUGCAAAAUGCUAUGAAGUAACUUCAAUAGAAACCAAGAAAGUAUUGGCAGCCAAGAUUAUUGCUAAAAGUACUUUAAAAAAAUCUAGAACAAAAGCAAAGGUAUAAAUAUGGUAAUAUCAAAGUUAAUUACUGAGAUAAAGCUGCAUAAAUCAUUACAUCAUUAAAAUAUCGUAUAAUUUGAAGAUGUAUUUGAGGAUAAUGAUAAUGUCUACAUUCUUUUGGAACUGUGUUAAAAUCAAGUGAUAAAAUAAAUUGUAAUAUUUUUAGACUUUGAAUGAAUUGUUAAAAAGAAGAAGAAGAAUAACUCAAAUAGAAGUGCAAUGUUAUAUAAAGUAAUUGAUAGGUGCAUUGAAAUAUAUUCAUUCUCAUAGAGUGCUUCAUCGUGAUUUGAAAUUAGGGAAUUUAUUUAUAAAUGAUAAGAUGGAAUUGAAAUUAGGAGAUUUUGGUUUGGCUACAAAAUUAGAUUAUGAUGGAUAGAGAAGACAUACAAUUUGUGGGACUCCAAAUUAUAUAGCACCAGAAAUAUUAGAAGAAAGAAUGGGACAUUCUUAUUAAGCAGAUAUAUGGUCAUUCGGAGUGAUUAUCUACACAUUGUUAAUAGGUAAACCACCUUUUGAAACUUCAGAUGUAAAGACAACAUAUAAUAAAAUAUCAUAAUGUCAAUUCAAUUUUCCAGAUCAUAUAUAAAUAUCUGAGAAUGCUAAAAAUUUAAUAUCUAGAAUUCUUGUUCUUGAUCCAUCAAAAAGAUUAAGUUUAGAUGAAAUAUUAUGUCAUCCUUUUAUGACAUCUAAUCCAAUACCUAAAACUACUCAUAUAUCUUAAUUAAUUAGUCCACCAACUGCUGCAUGGUUAUCUCAAUAUUCUUAGGCUGUUAUGUUUAACUCUAAGUAAUUUUAAUCUGAUUUAAUUUCAAUUAAGAGUAACUCUUAAAUUCCAAAAAUUAAUAAUCUUUUUUCUACUCAAACUAAAAUGUCAUAAGCUUAACGAAUUACAAGUAAAAUUUAUAUCUUAUUAUAGCUUUAACUGAAGGCAUUAAUAAUAUAUAAUAAGAAAAUUAGUAAACAAUUAAACCUUAGGUAUAAUUAGAUCAUGAUAAUGAUAAUCAUGCUGAAUUUGUAAGUGUCCUAUUAUAAUUUAGAGUAAAGAGAAUUAAGGCUUAUAUGUUAUAAAAUGUUGUGAUUAUCAAAGUAAAUAUGGAAUCGGUUAUAUCCUAUCAAAUCAAUAUUCUGGAGUUCUAUUCAAUGAUUCAACUAAAAUUAUUUAAGGAAAUAAACAAUAAUUCUAUUAUUUCGAUAGAUUCAAUCAAUAAUCUAAUUAUUAAUUUGAUAAUUAUCCAAUAGAAUUAAACAAAAAAGUGAAUCUACUCUUAAAAUUUACUACCUAUUUAGGAAUCGAUGAAAAUAUUACUAUAUCUAAAUCUCAAAUUUCUACUGUUUUUGUAGAUAAAUUUCUAAAAACUAGGAAUGCUCUACUUUUAAAACUCUCUAAUAAUGUAAUUUAGGCUGAUUUUAUUGAUAAAACAGUAAUUGUCAUUUCACCAAAAUAGAGUAUUCUUUUUGUCAAUGAAAAAGGUGAGAAAUUUAGUUAUACUUUGGAAUAAAUAAAGGAUAAGGAGAAAAUUUAAAGAAGGUAUUAUAUAAUCUAAUUUUAGAUACAAUUAUGUAUAGUAAUUAAGGAGUGGUUGUUAAUGA